AUGGCAGUGGCAGCGUCCAGCCAGCAUAUCCCAGCCAACGACCGCCGUGUCAUCCACGCUCUAGGCAACUGGAUUAUCCGCAGGAACAUUUUGGACCGCGUAGACUCGGCUGAGCAGGCAUCCUUGGGCCUCACAUGCAGGCAGUUGAGGAGCAGCUUGGCUGGUGUGGCUGAUGUGCCUACACUGCGCUCGAAACUCACAGACCGUCAGUUUUUGGACGUUUUGUCUGUUAUUGCACGGGACUUGCCGGACCACUACGUGUGUGAGACAUGUUUACACCUGCACCAGGUCGCAAAUGAGAGCCACGCUCACGACACGGCACUCGUCGAGCAGGCAUCCAAAAAACACAGGAUCACUGAACCCAGACUCGAGCCGCGGUGCCGCCGCUCGUCCUCUCACUACGACGCGAUCGAGAAUCUCCAUACAUUCACUGGCGCCUUGUCAUCUCCUGCGAGACGCACACCUCUUGCAGGACUCGCCCACCGCGAUGUGCAGCUUAUCUUAAAGCGUGUCCGCAUGCUUUUAGAGGACGAGCAGGUCACGUCGGCACAUCAAUGCGAACCAGACGAGAACAGGCAAGGCAAAGAUGCUGGCGGAUUUCAGACGAAGGCGGAAGAGACGAACAUCCAGACGACGGUCAUAUGGGCUCUGGCGCGUUUCUGGUAUCACAUGCCCUGGAACCGCCCCUCCGACGAGGAUCGGGCCGCAAAUGCCCGCGACAUACUGGAGAAGCAGUUGUGCGCGGCUCUCGCGUCAUAUUCAGCCCAGCGGCGGAUGGUCUCGUCGGACAGGAGAAGCCCACGGUGUUCUAGAAGGAAUUCUAAGACAAUCCAGUACAGCUUUACGCCACGGGUUAUUCUCCGUGACAGCGACGGCGCGGGCCGUAAUACUCGCCGAGACAAUCGUCAGGCACACUUUUUACUCAAGACUACGGUCACCAUCGCCCACGUGGAUUUCCACUACAUUCCCCUGAGUAUCUGCCCGCACCAACUUUUCAACAACGACAACGUGCCAGCGUGGCAUCAAGCAUCGAUGCGAGAGGUGACACUUCUAAACCGUCGUGGGUGCCACGACGGACAGAUUUACGCUUGGGCGGAAGACGCCGUCAACCCCACACACGAGGGCCCAUCUAACGAGGAGAAGAAGAAGCAGCAGCAGCAGCUACUGAAUCACCGCGCGGUGGGCGGCAGCUGCGACCGUUGCCCGACGGACUUUUCUGUGCGUGCCAGUGACGCGGGUCUCGAAAUCACCGUGUGGCAAGACUUUGGCCCCGAGGCGUCCGUGACGGAUGUGUGGUGGCAGAGCCACGUUCCAGGCCCCGUGCUGCAGUCCAUGGCGCCAAACACGUGGCAGUCAGGGCUCACAGUCGAGCACGAUCCUGGAUCUGUUCGUGCGCUGUUCGAGACCGGUGUCACUGUGGAUAGCUUGUUACGAGAGCGGAAAAACCAUGUGCACAGACGACGGUGGUGGUGGUGA